AUGUUGGGCGACUACUUCCGUUGGUUUAUCCUGUGUUUGGCUACGGCAUGUCUGACUUCUGUGUUCUCGAAUAUGGUCACCAUCAACUUCACCAUCGUUUGUAUGGAUCCUGGCAAAAACAGCAAUUCCACGGUAAGCUGCAAAGAUUACAAUGUUAAUAACUACCAGUACCAUAUCACUUAGAAAACACAGUUGACUGACAAAAUGUUUCAGAAUCCAGCCAACCCGCUGCACUUUUACUCGCAAACUGAGAAGACAAUGAUCCAAUGGACUGUGUCCAUCGCCAGUAUGAUAGCCACCUUCCCCUUCAGCUACGCCUGUACUAAGAUUGGAGCACAGUACGUAUUCCUGACGACAGGAAUACUCUCGGCAUUCGCUACGGCCGUGAUCCCACCAGCCAUCGAAUGGGGCUUCUACUGGCUGCUAGCAGCUAGAGUUGUACAAGUAGGUAUCUGUUAGCUCAUUCUAAUAGUACAAAUCCAGGGUAUCGCUUAUGCUUGCGACUUUGCCGUUGUCGGUGUCAUCUGUUCACGGUGGGCGUCGCUACGUGAAAACGCCAAGUUCUUGGCACUGUUAACCUGUUUUGCACCUUUGUCGAACUCACUGACCAACAUUGUAGCUGGAUAUGUGAGUUUCUAUUUUUUGACCAUUACAAGGUCUUCUAUUAAUGUAUUAUAGUUUUGCGUUAUACUACUGAUAACAGAGUUAUUUUUAUUGAUAAUAAGGUUUUGAAUUACUGUAAGUUUAGAUUUGUGACUCAUCAUGGGGAUGGCCAUGGGUACAUUACUCUCACGCGAUACUGGGCAUGUUCUUGUUCACAUUGUGGGCCAUCUUCUACACCGAUGAUCCCCAGAACAACAAGUUUGUGAGCAAAAAAGAAUUGUCAAUCAUUCACAUGGACAAGUCGGAAGCGCACAAGAACCACUCUGGCUACAUUCCGUACAAAGUAACUUCAUUUGAAAUUUUACCAAACUGUCAAGAUCUUGUCAACUAACUAUUAUAUUACUUACAACUCCACUUACUAUUUAAUGUUUCAGGCCAUCUGCAAAGACAAAGUGGUGUGGGCAGUGUGGGUGAAUGCCUUUGCUGACCUAUUUUCUGGAUUUUUCUUGUUCAUUUAUGCGCCCACCUAUACCAAGAAAGUCCUCGGUUUUUCGACUACAGAAACUGGCAUAGUUGGAGCACUUGGAUCUCUGUCGCACAUCCCCGUCAAACUCGUAUGUGGUUACUUUUCGGACACUUGCAAGUAAGUAUCUUACUGCAGUAACUGAAAAACAGCUUAUAAGAAAAUUACCAAGUAAUUACUCGCCUUAUGUUAAGAUUGUACCAGUAUAUAUUCUGAUUUUCUAAAGGUUUUAAUUACACUUUUAGGUGCCUUCCAGAACGCAAGAAGAUGUGGUUUUUCAAUUCUGUAGCUGUACUGACACCGGCUGCCAUCUACGUUUACCUAUGUUUUGCCCCAGCUAGUAUGCCCAUGUUGGCAGCUAUCUUGUUUGGCGGAGUUCACGCUGCUUUGGGAUUCAACUGUGGCGGCUUUUACAAAUGUGGAUCUCUAGUCUCAAGGUAAUUCCUUCAUCGUGCUUUAAAAUUUUGAAAACACGUUCCAAAUGUUAUACAUACUCUUUACCGACUGAACCUUUUUAUAGGCAAUACGCAGAGUUUGUGAUUGCAUUUACACAAUUUAUCAAGUGUAGCGUGUUCUUCAUCGCGCCUGCUCUGGUAGCCAUUUUUGUGCACGAUGAAACCAACGCUACGCAGUGGCAUGCUAUCUUCUACUUGACAGCUGGUAUUCUGGUUUUAGUAAGUUUUAUCAUAGAAUUUGCUUUGCCAUCAUUAAUAACAUGUAACAGAAAGGUAAGUUAUAUGAAAUAUAUGCUCUUUUUCAGGCUAACAUAUUCUUCUGUUUCCAAGCUACUGAUAAGCCGGCAUCAUUUACCGAAAUCACGGGACCAGAACACAAAAAAGCAGACUUCUAA